AUGCAUGUAUGCCUUCAGUCUACUGCUGCUAAUCUCUCGCUUACAAGCAGUGAGUCAAGCCAAACUAUGCUGCUUUGCAGAUGAUGCGAGAGGGUGUGGAUCGCUACAGGAGAUUAGGGUGUGGUAUGACGAGUUGAUAGUGGCUGGACCGGACUAAGGAUACUUUCCUAAUGCUGGAAAAUGUUGGCUUGUCAUAGAGCCUAAUAAGGAAGAGACCUUAAGGAGCACCUUUGAAGAAAAAGCAAUCAACAUCAAAACAGAAGGAAGGAAGCACCUGGGUGCGGUCGCUUAGGAAAUCGGUCAGUAUCUAUUCUACGUCAACGGUAAAGGCAAGGAAUGGAUGGGGCAGGGGACAAAAUUGGCAGAGUUUGCUCUUUCGCAGCCUCAGGCUUGUUACGCAGCGCUCACAUUUAGAUUAUAACAACGCUGGACAUAAUAUAUUUUCUGAGAACUCUGUCUGAUACAGAAGAUCUACUUGCACCUCUUGAGCGUGCUAUAGCUGAUACUCUCAUAUUUUCCAUUACAGGGCACAACUGUACGCAAGCAGAACGUGAGCUGCUGGCGCUGCCAGUGAGAAUGAGAGGCAUGGGCCUAACAAAUCCGAGUCAAGUAGCAGCCUUAGAGUAUGUAGCAUCAACUACUCUCUGGUCCGUUAGCUCAACAAAUAGAAUCGCAGAUACAUGAACCGCCGGAUGACAAUGUAAAACGCGCUGUACAACAAGACGUGCGCCAAGUGAAGAAUCAGUAUCUGAAGGAAAAGCUUGAUAAGGUGAGGAGCUCGAUUUCUGCAAAAAUUCUAAGAGCUGUGGCUCUUAAUUGCCACUCAGAAGGGUGCGUUUAGUUGGCUUACCGUGUUGCCAAUUAGAGAUAGGGACUUUGAUUUAAAGGAGAGUGAGUUUCGAGAUGCUGUGAAACUCAGGUACGACUGGGAAGUUCCUGAUACACCCUCUGUUUGUGUUUGCGGAGACAUUUUCCAUGUAGAUCACGCUAAUAUAUACAAACGGGGCGGAUUUGUCAUCCAACGCCAUAAUGACCUGAGGAAUCUGGAGGCGGAACUGCUUAAAGUCGAACCACUUUUGCAAGACAUGAGGGGCUGGAUAUAG